CCCAAUUUCCCCCAGUUUCGACAAAAACUAAUUUUCCGAUCAAUGGCGGAUCACAGAAGAGCUUCUUCUUCAUCUUCUUCUUCAAUAGCGCUGGUGAUGAUCCUCGCCGCCGCCGUGGGUUGGAGCGUCGCGGCGGCUCAGUCGGACGACUGCACGAACGUGCUGAUCGGACUUUCGCCGUGCCUGAACUACAUCUCCGGCAACUCGUCGUCGCCGUCGAACGGGUGCUGCACGCAGCUCCGGACGGUGGUUGGAUCGCAGCCGCAGUGCCUCUGCCAGGUGCUGAACGGCGGCGGGUCGGCGUUGGGGCUGAAUAUCAACCAGACUCAGGCCAUGGCUUUGCCCCGAGCUUGCAAUGUCCAGACGCCGCCGGUUUCGCAGUGCAGCUCCGCUGGUUCACCCUCCGGUUCACCUGGUUCAUCUACGCCAAAUACAAACACAAGUCCAAAUGGCGACAGUGGAUCCAAAACGACGCCGUCUGGAAGCAAUUCGGCAUUUUCUACUAGGAUGUCUGUAGCUUCUAUCGCCGUUGUCACAAUCGUCGCAUUCUACGCUUUGGCUUAGCUUUAUACAAAUGUACGAGUGGGCACAGAUAGUAACAAUUAUUUUUAGGGCUCGAGGUUCUUGCAAUUUUUCGAGGUUUAUAUAUUAUUACUAUUAUUAUUUUUUGUGUAUGUUUUAUGAUCACAUAUGACAUGUCUUGAUGGAUUGUAUUUGUAUUAUUUUGUAUGAAUAUCAAUAAGAUUGCUUAUU